AUGGGGCUUUGGUCAUUUCUCCAGUGCUUCGGUUUGUUAGAUCGUAUCGUCCACGAUGGAAGUGAGCCCUUCUGCCCGGCAUUUAACGCAACGCACGAGCACGAAAGCAACGACAUCAUAGCCCAUGGCCCACCAGGAGGGAGUCUAAGAAUGAUUUUUUCCAGUAUUGAGGGUGGGAAAAUCGGCCAGCCCAAGGUGAUCAAAGUUUGUUCGGCUUAUUACCGUUGGGAUCCUGAGGACACAGGGCCAGUUAUUGAUGAGCUACGGGUUGUCAUCGGGUGGGAAGGAUCAAAGGUCACGGAUACGAAGACUUUGAAGUAUAACGAGGUAAAGGAUAUGGAUGGGGCCGAGGAUGCAAUAGCAGAGUUUGGGCUCAUGUAA